AACAAAAUGCAUACCUUCUCUUCUCUUCUCUCAACCACACAAAAGCAAAGAGUAAACCGAUAAGCCUCAGCGUCCGAUCCUUUCACCUCAACAAUUAACCAGGAAUGAUCUCACUCGGACCCUGCGCUUACCAAAAUGGAUCCUCAUUUCCGUUCUACUCUUCAAAUCUUCUAAAUCUCCGUCCAAUUCCUUCCAAUUUUGCACUCCCACUCCCAACAAACUCAAUAAUCCUCGGAAAAAGAAACUUCAGAUUCAGAGUUGUUCGCGCCGAACAGGCCGGAGGAAACAGCGCUCAAAGACGAACUUUCUUGACGGUCGAAGAGGCCGGCCUCGUCGAAGUAUCCGGCCUCAGCACUCACGAGCGCUUUCUGUGUCGUUUGACGAUAUCGUCUCUGAAUUUACUGCGAGUAAUAGCGGAGGAAGAGAAAUGUUCGAUCGAGGAGUUGAAUGCUGGCAGAUUAUGCGACUGGUUUCUCAAGGAUAAGUUGAAAAGAGAGCAGAAUUUGGACUCCGCUGUUCUUCAAUGGGAUGAUUCUGACCUGACCUUCUGAGGUUUUCUUCCAAUUUUAAUUCCUCUUCAAAAUGAAAAUUGCAUUAUAUUUGGGAAAUUUGUUAAUUUAAUUCCCUUUUUAAUUUAAUUAACAUUUUAACACGAGACGCRUGAAUGCCUAUUUAUUUAACAAACUAAAAUAAUAUUAAAGUCUGAUUUUGGUCCACAAACUUACUAGUUGUUCUGUUUUUUGGUUCAAUAAUAAUAUAUG